CUAAAUUAGCGACAAAUUCCCUACAUAAAUGUCAAAAAUCGAUCGGCACGUGUGUUUUAUUUAUAUUCAGUGUCGUGAACGACAACCAUGCCCGAAUCCAGCGACGACGAGUCCCCGAAGCCCUCCGGCCCCGUCGAGAACGCCUGGGCCAUGAAAAUCCCCGAGUUCAAACCCGAAGACAACCCCCACGGUCUUCUCGAGGAAAGUUCCUUCGCUACCCUGUUCCCCCAGUACCGCGAACAAUACCUCCGCCAGGUGUGGCCCCUCGUGCAGAAAACCCUCAACGAGCACCACAUCAAGGCCGAACUGGACGUAGUGGAAGGCAGUAUGUCGGUGCGAACAACCCGAAAAACGUGGGACCCCUACAUCAUUAUUAAAGCCCGGGACAUGAUUAAACUGAUGUCGCGCAGCGUCCCCUACGAACAGGCGCAGCGUGUUUUGGGUGACGACACCGGAUGCGAUAUUAUUAAAAUAGGAAAAAUUACGCGUAACAAAGAGAAGUUUGUUAAAAGGCGGCAGAGAUUAAUCGGGCCGAAUGGGUGCACGUUGAAGUCGAUUGAAUUAUUGACGAGUUGUUAUGUGCUGGUUCAAGGACAGACGGUGUCGGCGUUGGGGCCGUAUAAGGGGUUGCAGCAAGUGAGGAAGAUCGUGGAAGAUACAAUGAAGAAUAUUCACCCGAUUUAUAAUAUUAAAGCGUUGAUGAUUAAGAAGGAGUUGGCGAAGGAUCCUAGGUUGAAGAAUGAGAAUUGGGAGAGGUUUUUGCCGAAGUUUGUCAACAAGAAUAUUAGUAAGAGGAAGCAGCCGAAGAAGAAGAAGGAGAAGAAGGCGUACACGCCGUUCCCGCCGCCGCAGACUGAGAGCAAGAUUGAUAAAGAAUUGGCGUCUGGUGAAUACUUCUUGAACAAGGAACAGAAACGGCAAAAGAAGCAGAAAGAGAAGAACGAGAAACACGCAGCGGCUGCUAAGAAGAGGGAAGAAAGGAGAAAUGAGGCAUUCGUUCCUCCUGAAGAACCUUCCACUUCUAAAAAAUCGUCCAAUGUUGACACUAAUGUAGACAUUGUUGCUCUUAAAGCGAAAAUUGCUAAGGCACGCAAAGGCGCAAAGUUGUUUAAUAAACAACAAAAAUAAUUUUG